CAACGACAUUGUCGUCGACCUAGCGUCCAGUAACUUGCCGUGCUUGCUCGUCGACUACAAUCCACGACGUUGAAAGAUUGUGAGGUCGACCAUGUUCUGGCAAACCAAGGCCUUCCAGAGAGGCAUCUGGUUGUUGCCAUGUCUACUCAUUGGCCUCACAUACUUUCAACCACAGAUACCCACCGUCCUUGUUAAUCACAUGCACUUUGAGUCUCCUUUCGUGGAUCGAACAGUCAAGACAAACAUCACCUCGUCGUUCUUCCAUUUCAUCAUUCCUGCGAAAAGUCCAACUCCAGCAGUCUGCCGGACGCUCUUUUCCGCCGGUGUGCUCAACUAUCCAGCGGCACGAAUAGUCAGUUGGAACCAGACCAACACCAAAGCUGACCUCCCAGAUGGCGGCUUCCACCGUCGAAAAGUCGACAACCUCCUCGAUGCCUUGAACAAAAUCAACAAACUCGACGCAUCUCGUGCGGACGAUUUGGUCUACAUCACCAGCGGCAACGAUACCUGGUUUCAACUUCGCCCAGAAGUCUUGAUCAAACGCUACCAUGAGAUCAACGCUCGAGCAAACCGACGAAUACAGGCCCGAUAUUCCGAGCCAUACGACCAAAAAGUCAUAUUCUCUGCUCAAAGAGAAUGUCAGUUGCGCGGGAAUGGUACUGCAUGCGCCAUUGUGCCACCAUCUGAAUUGCCCGAGGAUGUCUAUGGCAACGAUGCAGACAAGAUCAACUUGCGACCUCGCCACCUCAGUUCCCACAGCAUCAUGGGACCUGUCAAGAGCCUCAAAGCCCUCUACGACCAGGCACACAUCAAAUUAUCCAAGCAGAAAAACUUGACCGAAGACGAAAUCUUUACAGAAAUCUUCACCAAGCAGGAACACCACCGAGAACUACUUCGCGCCGCGCAGAAUGGCUCAGAUCCACAUCCAUUCUUGAACCUCACGGCCGAAACCCAAGACAACAACAACAACAACAAUGGCCAAGAAACUGCCGCCCACAACUCCUCCAUGGUACGACGAGCUGAUCAUCCGAGAAACUACCCUCGCGGCACCAACACCACCGAAGGAUGCGGUUCCCAAAACGGAACCACGACAUCAAGUGAAACCGGAGCAUCAAACUCAACCUGCAAAGUCCAAGUCUUCGACUAUGGCAUUGGACUCGACUAUCUCGGCGAACUAUUCCGGUUCCCUGACGCCGAAGAAUCCGAAUUCCAAUUCAUUGAUUUUGCACAAGAAGACGCAGCCAAGUCAGUUGCCGAAGCAGUGGGAUCUACGCAUAUUGCCCAAGUUGGCCAGGAUAUCAGACAUUCCACUCCACCAUACUGGACACCGGAUUAUAUGGGCGAGAAGGAGUUUCCUGAUCUGGCAUGGGAACAAGCAAAACUCUAUACCAAUGUCCGUUCAGGUGUCAUUCCAGCGGUGAUUGGACAUGCGACCCUGAAGACAUUGUCUGUUGAUGAUGACAGUAACAAGGCCAAUAACAGCACCAGUGAAGAUACCAGUGACGACGACGACGACGAUGACAACAGCAGCGACAGCAGCGACAGCAGGGAUCAAGAUACUAGUCUAAUCGACCAAUGGAAACAGAACUGGUUCCACCCGCAUCUCCGAAAACUCAGUGACGCAUAUGCCAGAUCUUGGCGGAUGCCGUUGGCAGUGAUUUCGAAAGACGAACAUACCAGACAUGAAUACUGGGGAUUCUCUGAAGGUAUCGCGGGUGCGCGAAUCCAUCAUGAGGAUUUGCCGGGCAAAUGGCUUCAAUGGGACCAAUUGUGUGGAGAUGUCAGAGAUGUCUUCAAUGAUGAUCAUGACAAAUUCACGAAUCCCGUCUAUUAUCUCUAUUGGAAUGGUGAUAAGCAGAGAGAACAGUUGCAUCUUUUCGAGGAUCAGGAUAGAAAGCCAUCGGCGGAGGAUGAUUGAAAUCAAUUCAGUUCGUUUUACUGUUGAUAGUAAGAAGCGAGCAGGCGUUCAGGGUGGUUUUAUAAUGGCUCGCGUCGCGAGGCUUAUGAUUGUUCAAUUAUAUCAAGACAUUAGAAUCAAUUUCUAUGACG